AUGCCCUCUGGUGGAGUUACUGAUGUCGUCUCUCGCGAUAGACCCUGCAGUACCGCGCCAGUGCCAGCUCCUAACGCAAUGGACAUGUCACGCCAGCAGCAGCGGAAAAGAGACCUGGAUCAACGGUCGACCAAAACAGUUACUGAGGGCGAUCUUCCACGUGGUGUUGAUGCUAAAUCGAGGAGAUGCAUGACAGAAGAUGAAGAGAUGCGUGGCAGACGAAACGUUAGCGCGGUGGAUUCCACUUUCACCGGUUCAACAGCGAGCUGCGACAGCGACGAGGACUUUUCCAUUGUGAGUGCCUCUGCCGGCACUUGCAAGGAAGAUACGCUUAUUAUUUUCGAUUGGGAUGACACCAUCCUCCCCACCCGUUUCCUCACCGUUGAAUGUGGACUCCGAGUUGACGGCCCGGAUCCUGAUAACGAGCUCCGCAAAAUACUAGAUACUUACGCUCAGCUCGCUAAUGCUACUUUAUUGGCUGCGAUGGAAUUGGGUACGGUUAUGAUCGUGACCAACGCCGAGACUGGCUGGUUACCUCUCACCUGCGCUAAGUUCCUCCCAUCUAUGAUGCCAACUGUGAGCAUGAUUUAUCACACCUCAGCUAGAAGCACCUUCGAGCCUCGGGGAUUCGCUUCAGCUUUCGAAUGGAAAGAGCAAGCCUUCCGCCAUGCCAUAGCUUCCCAUUUCGCAGAUGUGCCAUCGUUGCCUGGGUGA